AAUUGCUAAGGAAUCUCUUUUGGAAAGGCCCAGACCUUCAAAGUAAACCCUGUGGUUUGUUUUAUAAAAGAGUUGUGGUCAAAGGCAGUUUGCAGUCAGGACUGCAGGAGAAAGAGACAGAACAGAGAAAACUGAGCAGGGAAGAGAUUUUACUUUAAGAGAAAGACCAGAAUACCAAAACAGAGAGGUUUUUUUCCUUCCUAGUGUUCUUGCCUGAUGGAUUUCACAGCACGAAUCUUGAUGAUGUUGUUCAGUCUCUUGUUGUUCAGCCUACAAGUGACAGUGCAGAGUUCAAUCAAUGCCUGCUGUUCCAAUGGACUUGAAUGGGCAUCUGAGAAAGGAGAUUGUGCUUCUUUGCCCUACACAUUGGAAGAACCAUUUUGCAGAAUAGCACAGGAAGAAUGCUGUUGGGUAAAGCUUGAAGAGAUGCAUUGUGCAUAUGGUAUAAACAUGGCCAGGGAAAACCACGCAUGUGAGGUACAUAGCACUAACUCAGGCAACUACAACAUGAUAAAGAAAUGCUGUCAGUGCUGCCUUCUUGGUAAAGGAGCUAAAGCCAAUGGACUCAAUUGUGAAGCAAAUCCAGCAUUAGGAUACCAGUGUGGACAGGUCUACAGGGCAUGCUGUGUAGGAGAUCAAGAAGACGUCAGUCUUCCAGAUGCAGGAAAUAACAUAGAAGGACUUUCUACAACAGCUAUGCACAAUCAGAGCACAGGUAGUUCCCAACUCAGAAAACCAUUACUCGAGCUGGAGGAUCCAUUCCUGAAUGAUCGAUGCAGAGGUGGCGGACCCUGCCAACAGCGGUGCACUGACACAGUGACCAGUGUUGACUGUUCUUGCUUUGAUGGCUACAAGCUGAGGAGUGAUAAUGUCACGUGUGAAGAUAUCAAUGAGUGUCUGUCAUUGCCACAUCCAUGUCAAGCAGGACAACGUUGCAUCAACACUAUUGGGUCCUAUCAAUGUCUGCGUGAGAUAGGCUGUGGCACAGGCUAUGAACUGACUGAAAACAAUCAAUGCAAGGAUAUCAAUGAAUGUGAGAUUGGAACACAUAACUGUGGAUCCAACUUUGUCUGUCAGAAUACACAAGGGUCAUUUCGCUGCCGGCCAAAAAUGCAAUGUGGAACUGGAUUCCUGCAGGAUGCUCUGGGGAACUGCAUUGACAUCAAUGAGUGUACCAACACUGUGCUGCCUUGCCAGGUUGGCUACACCUGUAUCAACAGCAUUGGCUCAUACAGCUGUAAGCGCAACGUUGUUAACUGUGGUCGAGGUUAUCGCCUCUCUGCGGAUGGAUCACACUGUGCGGACAUUGAUGAAUGUGUAGGAUUACAAAAUCCUUGUGGUGAAGGCCAUUCCUGCAUCAAUUCUCCUGGCAGUUUUCACUGUGAUUGCAAGAUUGGAUAUUAUUUCAACAGCAUUUCCAGAACAUGUGUUGAUGAAAAUGAAUGCAGGCGUUAUCCUGGACGCCUCUGUGCCCACAAUUGUGAGAACACUCCAGGUUCCUACUACUGCAGCUGCAGCAAAGGCUUUAAACUCUCAGCUGAUGCAAGAAACUGUGAAGAUGUAAAUGAAUGUGAGCACAAUCCCUGCAGUCAGGAAUGUGCGAAUGUCUAUGGCUCAUACCAGUGUUACUGCCGCCGUGGUUACCAGCUCAGUGAUGCAGAUGGCAUAACAUGUGAAGACAUUGAUGAAUGUGCGCUACCUGCUGGAGGCAACAUUUGCUCCUAUCGCUGUGUCAAUACUCCUGGCAGCUUCCAGUGUGCUUGUCCAGUGGCUGGUUACACACUUGCAUCCAAUGGACGUAACUGCCAAGAUAUCAAUGAAUGUAUCACAGGGAGGCAUAAUUGCUCUGGCACUGAGACCUGUUUCAAUGUUCAGGGCAGCUUCCGUUGCCUGACCUUUGAGUGCCCAGAAAACUAUCAAAAGUCGAGAGAUGUUCGCUGUGAGCGCUUGCCUUGCAAUGAGAAUAAGGAGUGCCAAAGUCUGCCUUUAAGAAUAACCUACUAUUACCUCACUUUCCCCACCAACAUCCAAGUGCCCACCAAUGUCUUCCGUUUCGGGCCCUCUCAUGCAGUUGCUGGAGAUAAUAUUCUCCUUUCCAUCACCCAUGGCAAUGAGGACAACUACUUUAACACACAAGAACUGAAUAAUCACAGCGGAAUUGUGUUUGUGCAGCAACAAAUAUCAGAACCCAGGGAUUUUCUUCUCACCGUUGAGAUGAAGCUCUUGCGUCAUGGAAUCACCAACAUAUUUAUAGCAAAAAUCUACAUUGUUGUCACUGCGCAGGUUUGAUGACUAUUGUUUGGUCAAUAGUCAGAGUAAUAAUUACUAUUAAUACCCCAUUUGACCCUUAUGAUAUGCUUACUGGCAAAAAUUGAAAUCUGCUCUUUCUUAUAUUUUUUCUGAAUAUUUUCUAAGAACUCAGUGCACAGGCUUCUUUUUUUUUAUUUUUUGAAGACCACAAAGUUUAACUUUCAUAAUGCAUUGCUCUCCUCUCCUUUAGUGCAUGCUCAACAGUUUAAUUAUAAAUCUCACUGCAUGAUUUUUAUCUCCUCAUAUACAUAAAGAGGAUGUAAAAUUAGGAAAAGUGUGAGACUAGAGUAUUAUUCCUGUAGUGACCCAUUUAAGGCAUUGUCAUUUGUACAAUCGUGAGGUCUUCCUAUGAUACAUGGAGUAAAUCAUUAUGUCAAAUAUUUUCUUUUGGGUUUUUUUUCUGAAAUCAUAAUUACAUAAGUAAAAAUGUAAAUGCUAAAACUAAUUUUGUUUUUUCCACAUUGAAAAAAUAUGUUUACCUCUUGGAGGAGAUUAACAGUAAUGCUUAGAGCUUUGAGAAGGGGGCUAUAUCAUCAAAACAGUGACUAGACUAGAUUUCCCCAUGAUUUUUGUGAUGCAUCCACACUUGUCUAUUGAAACUAUCAUUUUGGGAUUCCUAUUUAAUAUAAUUGGAGUAACAGAUUGCUCCUCUGCACUGAUUGAAACUUUGAAGAUGACUCGUAAUGAGCAUUUCCCCUGCACUUCUCCUGCAAUAUUUGGCAAAAUGAAGAGCCUAGGAAACUCAGGGAAAAUGACAUGAAAUGUAAUUCAUGUUACUCAUCUGGGUUUUCUGAAGUGCAUCUGUCACAGGUAUGGUGGAGAAGCAGGAAAACUGCAAAAAUUCACUCCCUUUGGUUUUGCAGGAGUGGAUUAUUGUUAAGUGCAUUCCAAAAUUAUUUUCUCAAUAGCAAAGUUUAGAGUAGAUUCACAAGAAGCUUAUUGUCAUUAUUAUUAUAAUACAUUUUCACAUGUUCAAGUACUUAUUCUCUACUUACUUUGACACCAUAGCCAUAGAGCCUGUCACAACCUAACCGUGAUUAUUGCCAAGCAGAAUAUUCCAAGCAGUGUUAUAAUGCAAUGAGUUGUCACAAAAUUGUAGUUGAAAUUAAUGAUCCAAUGCAAGUCUUUAAGUGUUUAAAUUGUCUCUUUCUUACUUUAUGUACUGUAAUUCCUAAAAUUUUAAUGAGUUGGCAUUGUUGCUGGAAUUUAUUACAAUCAAUCAUCUGUCAUUGUGCUAAAUAUGCUUUUCAAGAUUGCACUGGUUGAUAAAAUUUAUUGUUCUGUUUUUGAAACAUAGAAUGUUUUUGAGUGAAACAGAUGCCUGCACAAAAUUAUGACGUUCUUGAUCCAGAUUAGAUAUACAAAUGUUAGCUUUACUUAAGUGUUUUAAUUGCAGAAAGCACUUAAUAGCACAUUUCAGUAAUUUUCAACAACAGGUCUAUGAUGAUAUGGCCGGAUAAAAUGUCAGUAUGAAGCAAGAUGGAUGCAGUUAUCCAAAAUGAUCAUUCUGUUGACAGUAGUCAGCAAUCAUCUUUCUAUUUGGGGCUUACAGAUGCCAACAGUUUUGAGACCGAUUUGACACCACUCUUCCAAGCCUGAGUUUAUAUCUUCCUACCACUCUGGCUAAUGGGCCAUUUCAUUUUAAGAUUAAUCCCAUGAAGAUACUUUUCACAGGCAAAUUCUAAUACUAAUUAGAGUUAAUUGCCAGUUAACAUCAAGUGGAGAAUUUUUGUACUGUCUGAUAUAUGUACUACUUUUCCAUUAUUUCGGAUUGUUAAAUAAAUGGAUUUCAUUUCCUCUGAA